UAUAUAUAUAUAUACAGAGCCUCUGUAAUAGAUUGUUCAUUUCUUCAGACCUGCAUUUCCUACAGAGAGAGUGAAAAUGGAGAUGAAGAUUGAGAUAGUCUCUAAAGAUUACUGCAAACCAUCAAUUCCAACCCCACACCACCUUAAGAGCUACAGACUCUCUCUGCUAGAUCAGCUUUCUCCUAUAGUUUACGUGCCCGUGGUUCUUUUCUAUUCAGCUCCUGAAAACAUUGAUGAUGAUACGACCAUUUUUUAUAAGCUGAAGAAAUCUUUAUCAGAAACCCUGACCUGUUUCUACCCUUUGGCUGGAAGGAUUGAGGGCAAUACAUCUGUGGAUUGUGAAGACGUGGAUGUUGUCUUCACAAGAGCUAGAGCUAACAUUCAGCUCUCUGACAUACUAAAAAGUCCAGAUAUGAAUUUAGUGCAACAACUUCUUCCACUUGAUCCCUACAAUAUUAGAACAGACAAGGCAGUUGCAGCCAUGGCCGUCCAGUUAAACUUCUUUGACUCUGGUGGUAUGGGUAUCGGAAUCUGCAUUUCACACAAGAUUGCAGACGGUGCAACACUGUCUUCUUUCCUCGAUGCAUGGGCUACAAGAUCACGUGGUGUUGUUGAAAACAUCACUCCCUCCCUAAAUUCAGCCACCAUCUUUCCACCUAGGGACACGCAAAUUUUCAAGCCAUCCAAUUUGAUUAAGAGAGAAAAGAUUGUGACAAAGAGAUUUGUGUUUGAUGCUUCCAGUUUAGCCAGGAUGAAAGUCAAAGCAUCCAAGGGUUUGGGCAUGGACGACCAUGCUCCUACUCGUGUGGAAGCCGUGACAGCCCUCAUAUGCAAGUCUAGCAUGAAUGCAAAAAAUGGUACAUCUGGUAAGGGUAGGCCAUCAAUGGCGAUAUCCCAUGUGGUGAAUUUAAGGGAAAGAAUGGCUCCACCUUUGCCAGAGCAUUCUUUUGGUAAUAUCUGGUGGUUUGCUGUUGCAUCCAUAAUGAAAGAUGAAAGAAAUAUAGAGCUGCAUGAUAUUGUGGUUCAAUUAAGAAAAGUAAUAAGGAAGAUCAAUGAUGAUUAUGCGAAGAAACUUCAAGGUGAGGAUGGGUUUUCACAUGCAUGCGAGCAUGUAAAAGAAACACGUGAGUUGGUCUCUCAAGGAGAAGUUGAGUUUUACAAGUUCAGCAGUUGGGUUAGGUUUCCAUUUUAUAACACUGAUUUUGGAUGGGGAAAACCCAUCUGGGCAUGCAUUAGCAAUGUGCCCGUUAAAAAUGUUGUCAUAUUGAUGAGUAGUAGCUCUGGUGACGGUAUAGAGGCAUGGGUGACCUUGGAAGAAGAAGAUAUGGCUAAAUUGGAAUGUGAUCAUGAGCUUCUGGAGUUUUGUCUCCUGGCAUAAAGCUCUUAGGACUACGUAACUAGUUUCUUUAGUAGAAGAUAUGGCUAAAUUUGAAUCUGAUCAGGAGCUUCUGGAAUUUUGUUUCCUGGCAUCAAGCUCUUAGGAUUACGUAACUAGUUUCUUCAGUAGUCUAGUCCUAUGGUUCAAGUAGUUUCUCCACUGUCUUUGGCACAUGCAUGCCUUGGAGACCCUGCUCUCUUUCCUAGUACCUAUUAUAACUUUAAUGGAAUAGCUUCAUUCAUUUUCAACUUUGAAAUAGAUUAGAAUGACACGAAGGCAGAGUCAUUAUUAUCUAGUAAUUUGGAAUCAAUGCUUAGGAACAUAAAACCCAAAGCAAACCAAUUAAGAACAUUCAUUCCAACAAAAGGCAUUCAGAAGUAUCAAUAUAUUCAAAAAUUCAAACACAAACGGAUUGUUUAGAUAUUAUAAUACAUACACAUACAGAAACGAAACUAAGUAGUUUAGUAAAUACUUCAAACCAAUUAAAUCAACUCCAAGUGGAUAAAAUUACCUGUAUUUUGUAGGCUUCUUUCAUGUCAACCCUUAUAACCAUCAACUAUAGCUCUAUGUUCGCCAUCCUCAAUGUGUAAUGCAGCUUCUAACUCCCGUUUUGUUGUUUCCAGCAUACGGUAUCUGUGCAAAUUCCAGAAUCACGAACUUCAUUGCUGUGUAGAGUUUCUCUUGAACGUUAGGGUGAAAAGAGCCAAAAAUAGAGGGGCAAACAGAAAAGAGUAUGGACAACCAUCUAUUAGUGUUCAACCUCUCAAAGCACACAACCACACAAUGCUCCCUCCCAAACGAGCCAAAAAACAGUAAAAAAGAAACACAAGACCUUCGAACUACAUGAAUAUAUCCCUCUAUCAUUAGUUUGAAGAUGUUUCAAUUGGGUUCAAGCGGCGAACAACUGCUCCACUUGCUAACAGCAUUAGAAGCAGCACUCUCUUCUAAGCGCUUCCAGGUGGUUUCAUGUUUUGUUUUAAUCUCCUCCAUAUUUGCUUCAUCUUCCUGAAAUUUAAGCAAACACUCCUCAAAUAGCUCAGGAUCAACAUCAGAGUAGAUUUUACGGACGUUUAAUGU